CGCGCACGCCAACAGCGUGAUUCCCAGGCCGGAGGAAGAUUACAUGCCAGACGCCGCUCGACCCCGCGCCCCGCCGUCGAUCCUCGGAGUUGUCCACGCCUGAGGGCGACAUGAACGCGCUGGCUUCCCGAGCCGUCCGCACCUACGAUCGCUUCUGGCAGCCCGAGCCGGCGCUCCUGCCCCCGGGGUGAGACGCACUUCCCAGUCGCCCGGACAGAUGGCUCCAGGCCAAGUACCGCAUCAUGGUGCCCCCUGGAGGGACAGCCACCCCUUCUUUCUCCUGUCCCCACUGAUGGGUUUCCUCAGCCAGGCCUGGAGCCGCCUGCGCAGCCCGGAGUUCUGGCUUAGAGAGGCAGUGACUGGAGAAGAUGGGGUUGCAGCUGGCCUGGAGGUCAGAGCCAUGCCUGCUGUGGCCUGGAAGGCUGAAGGCCACCCCAGAAUGCAGGAAGCGGGUGGAGAGGCAGCCCGCCGGCCCUGCCCGGAACUGAAGGCCGGCAGUCCCCUCCCUCAGUGCUGGGGACUUGAUGAGGAGGAAGCUGCCAGCGUCCCCAGAGAGCAGAGAGGGGCCCUCCCAGCCAGCCCCUCGGCCCCCCUGGGCCCCAGCCUGUGGCUGAGAAGCCUGCAAGGCUCCGAUAAGAACUGUGGGGAGGAAGAAGGGGGAGUGGCCCCAUUCUGUGAUCCCUCCUCAGGGUGGGAGCCCAGUCCAGGGGUGGAGGAGCCAGAGGGUGAAGAAGCUGCUAGAAGCACGAAUCCCCCCUUAACUCCGGGGUCAUGUGCCCCAGGGGAGGAGGAAGGUCAAGCCACGGAGGAAGAAAACCAGGACGUUGGGAAGACCUCUGCGUUGGCCUCAUAUUCAGGCGCCAGUUCCACAAGGGAAGACCCUGAGGAGAGAGAUGGAAGGACACAGCAAGCAGUCGGAAAAGGAGACACUGACCCAGAGCCAGGCUCCUCGGCGUCCCAGCACAAGGCUCUGCUCACCGCCUCGGCGUAUCGGUCCAGCAAGGACCUGGAGGAAGAUAACGAGGAAGAGGAGGGCCAAGCUGUGGGGACAGCUCAAGCUGCUUCAUCCACCUACCCCACAAGUGCCUUCCUGAGGGCCUGGGUGUACCGGCCAGGAGAAGACACGGAAGAUGACAGUGAAGACAGUGACGAGGGAUCAGCUGAGGAGGAGGGAGAGGCAGAGGGUUCCCCCACAGCAAGUGCCUUCCUGAGGGCCUGGGUGUACCGGCCAGGAGAGGACACGGAAGAUGACAGUGAAGACAGUGACGAGGGAUCAGCUGAGGAGGAGGGAGAGGCAGAGGGUUCCCCUCCUACCCCCACAGCAAGUGCCUUCCUGAGGGCCUGGGUGUACCGGCCAGGAGAAGACACGGAAGAUGACAGUGAAGACAGUGACGAGGGAUCAGCUGAGGAGGAGGGAGAGGCAGAGGGUUCCCCCACAGCAAGUGCCUUCCUGAGGGCCUGGGUGUACCGGCCAGGAGAGGACACGGAUGAAGAUGAAGACAAUGAGGGUGCCGGAGCUGACUCAGCCACAGCUGAGGGAGAGGAAACGGCUGACUCAGACCCCCAGCCGUCCCUUGGGAGCCCGAGCACCCUCCUCAGGAGGUGGGUGUGUCUGCCUGGAGAGGAAACAGAGGAGGAGGGAGCAACUGAGCCUCGUGACACCUUCCAAGUGGCCAUCUACCUACCCGGCGAGAAGCCACCACCUCCGUGGGCACCUCCUAAGCUGCCCUUGCACCUGCGUAGGCGGCUCAAGGUCUCAGAAAACCCCAGGCGGAAUCUGAACCCCGAGAGUCCCCUGGCCAGAAAGGUGCACUUCUCUGACAAGAUCACUGUCCAUCUCCUGGUUGUCUGGGCAGGGCCAGCCCAGGCCGCCCGCAAGGGCCCUUGGGAGCAGCUGGCCAGGGAUCGAAGCCGCUUUGCCCGCCGCAUCAGCCGGGCCCAGGAGGAGCUGGGCCCCUGCCUCACGCCAGCUGCCCGAGCCAGAGCGUGGGCACGCCUCAGGAAUCCACCCUCUUCUCUGGGCCCCAUACUCACCCCUACCCACACCUUGUCUUCCUCCUCCAUAUCUCCUGGGUCCCCAGAGCGAGCCAGGCCCCUGAGCCAAGCUGUGGCCACACCCUCUCCCUGCCCACCUGGUGAAGCCACGCCUUCUGGCCUGGGUGUCAGUGGGAGGCGUGGCUAAGACCAAGUGUUUUGUUUGUGUGUUAUUUAUUCAAUGUUUCUUUAUUUAUUUAUUUAUAUUUAAAAAAUAAAGACUUCAGGUUGGUAAGAA